UUAUUUUGAAAAAAAAACAACAUCAUGCUGAGAGUUGCUUUCGUUUGUAAAUAUUUCUUAUAAAAAUGCACAAAUGGAGGAAUUGUAAGCAAACUAACACGAGAUUUACAAAUUUCACUCCUCUCCUAAGGGAAAUAUGAGCAGAAACAGCAGUUUUUCUUGUUCAGAAAUUUAUAAUGUGACCGGAAACACAUACGAUGUAGAAAGCUCCGAUGGAGGGAUUCCUGAAAACUUGGGCAUCAAUCUUGCAGUUUGGCUGAUUAUUGUGACAGUCUUCUGUGUGAUCCGAAAAUGGGCGUGGGAUUAUGGAAGACUUGCUCUAGUACAGAAUAAUAACAACGGAUGGACGAAAAUAUUUUUUGGAAAGACAUCUGAGGGAGGAAAUGAUAGUUCCAUCAAUGAUGAAGAAAGUUUGGGAUCUCAAAUGCAGGAUGUUUCUGACAAGGGUUUUUUCAACUGGAUCGGUGUUGUUUUCAAACUCUCUGAUGAUGACAUCCGCACUCGUGCAGGACAUGAUGCAAUUCAUUAUCUUAGUUUUCAGAAAUGUCUCAUCUACUACACAGUCAUCAUUUGCAUUCUCUCAAUUGUCGUUAUUCUGCCUGUCAAUCAUUCUGGAAAUAAUGUUCCGGAGGAGGACCAUUAUGGUACAACAACUCUAUCAAAUCUUUCACCUGACUCCCAAAUCAUUUGGCUUCAUACAUUAUUUGCAUUCCUUUACCUGGCCAUCUUGGUUGUGAUGGUGUGGAAAUUUUCACAAGGAUUUGAAACAGAUAGUGACCCUGUGUCAAAGCUUACCAUUGUUGUCAGCAAUGUGGCGAAGAAUGCCUCGAAAGACCAGAUCAAACAACAUUUUGAGGAAGUUUAUGGGGAGGACAGUGUUAGCAAUGUUCAGUUUGCAUACAAUAUCAGCAAAUUAACCAUCAUCAGUCGUAAGGUAACCGCUUCAAGCCUUGGUCGUAAUACUCAUGCCAUAUACCUCAUGAAACGCGGAAAGAGAGAAGAUACAUUUGUUAGUACGAGCAAGAUUUGUCCAUGCUGUCCUUGUUACAAAGAGAAAUAUGAUGGAUUGGAAUAUUUCACUAAAGAAGAACAGAGAUAUACAAAUGAUUUUGUGCGGGAAAAAGAUGCAGUUUUGAGAUAUAAAACACUCAAGAUCGUGUUUGUUUCAUUCACAAAACCAAGUUUAGUUUUCAGGUGUAUUCAGGACUACGGUCUAUUGGGAAAUUACAAAGCUUCCUCGGUGUCAACCGCGGUGAAGUCAAAUCAGUGGACUGUCGAAAGAGCUGCAUCACCUGGCAACAUUAUUUGGGAGAAUUUAUCGGCUGAUCCCAAGUACUGGUGGAUGCGAGCAGCGCUGAUUAAUACAUGUCUGUUUAUUUUUGUGUUGUUCUUUACCACGCCUGCGAUUUUGCUGGCUGGAUGGAACCAUCUCCAGUCAUCUGUUGAGAGUAAAGUGGAAUCUCCAAGCAAUGCAUUUUUAAGCCAAUUUCUUCCAACCUUCGUCUUGUGGUUAUUCACUGCGAUUUUGCCUUCCGUUGUGUCGUGGUCCAGUUACUACGAGUAUCAGUGGACAAGAACUCAGCAGGAGAAAUCUGUGAUGUUCAAAGUCUACGUUUUUCUUCUAUGUAUGAUUGUUAUUCUUCCUUCAUUAGCUCUGACGAGUCUCGACGCGUUGUUCGAAAUAACAAUUAGAGGAGAUUUCCAAUCAAUUAGUGACAGGAUGAGUUGUGUUUUUCUACCAAACAGCGGCGCUUUUUUCGUCAAUUAUGUGAUCACGUCCGCUCUUCUGGGUACUGCACUGGAAUUGGUUCGUCUUCCAGAACUGUUUUCUUACGGUGUUAGGAUGUGCUAUACCAAGAAUGAAGGAGAAAGAUUGCUGGUGAAAAAGGAAGCUGUGGUUGAGUUUCCAUUUGGGAUUAGAUAUGCGUGGAUGAUUGCUAUCUAUUCUAUUAUUAUUAUCUACAGUAUCGCGUGCCCUCUUGUUGUACCUUUUGGACUGCUGUAUCUGCUUCUGAAACACUUUGUUGAUCGCUACAACUUGUAUUUCAACUAUCGUCCUCCGCCAUACAAAUACAUGGAUCGCUCUGUUCACAAUACGGCCAUCUACUUUCUUCUCUGUUCAACAUUUCUGCUGUUAUUCUGUAUUUUCUUCUACUCUGUCAUCAGACUAGGUAUAGAGGAUCCUCAAACCAUAUUCGCUCUCGUAGUUUUUCUUCUUACGUUAAUAUUGUUUAUUGGUAAAGUCUGUUGUGGAUGGUUCUCUCGCUAUUCUAUUUAUCGGCGUUCCCCGUCUUUCGAAGGACAAGAGGAAAUGCCUACAGAUUAUCAGACAGCGGAAGCAUACCUACCACCCGUUUUACAAUCGUCGUAUCGUGUCGGAGAGACGACAGAGAACGAUCAGGCUACGAACCUAAGACGACGUCAUUACGGCCUUCUGAAUGACCACGUGAUAGAUUCUGACAAUUUGAGACAAACCGAUGACGUCGUCGUGGAAGUGCCUGUGGAACCGAGUAGUCCUGGACUCAAGUGAGAAAGGAUUUGCGCGCAAUACACCUUUACUCAGGCCUGACCUUUACUGUAAUUUUACUUCGCGUGUGGCUAUUUCUUAGUUCACACAAGAGGAUUUUAGUUCCUUCGUGACACCUAGAUUAAUUUUGACGGUUCACUGUCACUAAGGAAAAAAAAUGACGAGUCUGGCCAAUUAUGGCGGCAAAUACGACGACGCAUUAUGUUCCCUUCUUGAGUAUUAUCUGCAAAUUUUAUCAGAAUGUAAAUGCAAACGCUUUUAAAAUUGUUUUCAUAAAAUUAUAAAGCUUAUUCUAAGUUGUAUAAUAAAUGAAAGAUUAUUAUUAAA